AUGUGUUACAAUAUUUUGAUCAAGCACAACAUCCGCUCAUUUGUUUUCAAGUUUUCAACCAGGCAAGCAAUUAAAGGUUCACCGAAAGUGGUUUUAAGUCAUGCAAUUUCAGGUGAGGAUUAUAUGCCAGCAUUUUCUGGAGGAGAUAAGCAAUUCACUCCCCAGGCGCUAACCACGAAAGUCGCACAUUUGGCAUUGAGCAUUUUGACAGAAAAGUCUCAACUUUAUAGCCAUUUCGUGCGAAAGUCAAGCGAAAAAACAGUAGGAACACCAUCCCUUUUCCUUUUCCUUUCCUUUACCUUUUGUCUCUUAAGGGUUUUUAGUUCUAUACUACUACUGGAACUGGCCAGAGCAGACCCAAUGUGUUAA